AUGGGAUCGCGAAACGGAAGAACCGUUCCCUCUUCGAAAUGGUACGGUAUGCUGAUUUCCUUGUUAAAAGGUAAAUGUAAUAAGAUGAAAUGUCAUUCGAAAGCCAAAUAUACGUGUCCUACUUGUGGAAAAACAACUAACUACAUACGAAGCUAUAAAUCUCACAUGUCAAAUUGUAAGGGAAUCCCAACGAUAAUCAAUAUAAAUAAAACCAUGCUCUUGCCACAUGAUGACCACGGACAAGACCAAAGACAAUCAACGGUUAAUCCAUCCACCAUACUUGAUGGUGCUGCCUUGAAGAAAAACGCAAAUAACCACGAAGCAGUUUGUUCGAUUGCAAAGAGUGAUACUCAAGCCGGUGCAAAAGAGAUUACUGAAAAGCAAUAUUUUUGUACCAUCUGUAGAAUUAGUUUUUCUACUAAAGAACAAGGCAAAUAUCAUAAGCUCAAAUAUCACACGAAAGGGAAACACCAAUGUCCCCACUGUUUGAAGAAAUAUCACCGAACCGGAGAUUUAAAAAAACAUGUUCCAGUUUGUGCGGGUAGAAAAUCUGCCUGUGAUUUGUGUGGUAAAAAAGUCAAAAACCUGAGUAUGGUCAAACAGCACAUGAAACGAAUCCAUCAUGUUGACAACAGCCGUAGAAAAAAAUCGGAUAUCGAAGUAACGAAUAGCACUGAGGAACAAAAGCCAGGCAGAGUUGAGACGAAAGAUUACAGUGGAGAGAAUUCAUCUUUAAAUAAGCUCACUUAUCCUCGGCAGCAGCUGGCAAAGCACGUUGAUUCUCAAUCUGAUACAGAAGGAAUCUCAUUGCUCCAAGGUGAGCACUCACCCAGCGGAUCAUGUAUGGCUGUCCAUGGUGCCAAAGAAGUUCAAACUAAUUUCAUGAAUUUGCCAGAAGAAGACUAUAUUGAUCUUAAAAUGGAAAUCCAAGCGGAGGACACAAUGCUACAGGAACAGGAAAACCAAGUACCAAAUAAUAACCGAGAGAAAUCAUCAACCACAACUUCGGACAGUGUUAGUCAGCUUGAACCUUGCAAGCAGCCGGAUGACGGUAAAUCAAAGGUCGUUGCAUCUGAGGAUACAGAUCAUGUAACUGGAAUCGCCAUCAAAGUGGAAUGCCCAGGAGAUGAAGAAGAAGAGGAGACCUUAAUCGUUCCACAAAGUACAAUGGAACCAAUGGACCUUAUACUUCAUGGAACUGAUGAUCAGGAGAAGGCAAAAUGCAGCAACAAGUAUUCCCAUCCUUCCUCAGAACUGUUAUGUACCAAAUGCGAUGUCAAGUUUACUUCACGCCAUCAGUUAAAUUGUCAUAUGAAAAAGAUACACACUGAACCUCGUUUAAAGUGCCCAGAAUGCGAAAAAUCGUUCAACAAUCAACGCGUCCUUCGGAAUCAUAUGGAGGUCCACUUAAAGGCCGCCAAGAAGGAACUUGGUGGCAAGAAUCACUCGUCGGAUGGUUCCGAACUUCGCAGAUCAAAGAGGACGAGGGUGAUAAAGAAAAAAUGAUUUGGUAAGAAAACUCCAGUUUUAAAUGCACAUUUUGCCAGUCGGGACAGACAGCAGACGUUUGACCAGUGCUUCAAAUUGUCAGUCGUGGUGUAACAAACAACCACAUAUUUCGCCAUAUUAUUAUAUUUUCGGAAUAUAAUAGGUGGGUAUAAUGACGCAGCUCGCACUCGGAUUUUUCUGUCAUACCUACCACGAGCAACUAUAAGCUUGUUCGACUUGCUUUGCAAUUUUCUUUAUUUUUGCGGUGAAAAGCCUAUAAAAAAUUCAAAUUACAUGUAGAUUAAUUUUCUAUUGUUCCCGUGGUCAUACGUCAACAUCUCGACCGAGUUCGACCAGUUAGAAUUUACUCACACUAAAUAGUGCGAGCUGUUUCAACCAUAUCACAUUCGGUUAUAUUUUGGCUGAAUGGACACCGGCACAAGUAACUCGAAGUAGGUUGGGUCGGCUGAAUGAACGAGCGCUCUUUAUACAAAGCUAAU